AUGCGCUUCUCCAAGAUCCUCCAGCUUUACACCAUCGCGGCCUGGAGCUCGCACACCUUCGCCCUGGAAACCACCGGAGAGCAGCAGACCGACGCUCCCGCCGUUUCGGAUAAUGGUGCCACUGUUGUGCAGAGAGCUCCCUCGGGUGGCAGCGUCGGCAGCGUGCAUAUCCAACCGCCCCAGCGCCGAGGUCUUUUCUCGUCCAAAACCAAACCCGGGAAAGCGGCGACCGGCGCCCGCACAAGCCCUUCCAAGCUCUCGGCUCUAAGCAAUGCCAUUAGCGGAAAGGCCGCCAGUGAAAAGGCCAAACCUGCCGACCAAAACAACGCGGCAAAAGCCGACCCGAAAACCGGGAAAAAGAAAGCGACCAGCGUCAGCACAAGCCCUUCCAAACCGCCGGCUGAAAAAAAUACAGCUAGCGACAAAACCGCCAGCGAAAAAGCCAAAGCUGCCGAUAACAAAAACGGAGCAAACGCAGACCCGAAAACCGGGAAAAAGAAAGCGACCAGCGUCAGCACAAGCCCUUCCAAGCCGCCGGCUGAAAAAAAUGCAGCUAGCGACAAAACCGCCAGCGAAAAAGCCAAAGCUGCCGGUAAAAAAAACGGAGCAAACGCAGACCCGAAAAGCGGGAAGAAAAAGGCGACCAGCGUCCGCACACGCCCUUCCAAGCCCCCGGCUGAAAACAAUGCCGCUAGCGAGAAAGCUGCCAAGAAAAACAGUCGUAAAGAGGCUAACAAAAAGCUGGCGAAGCUGCAGGAGGCUAACCCACAGAAACCGGCUCUCACGCGCUCUGGCGGCUUAUUAGGCAUCGGCCUAGAUGUGCUGGAUGUCGCUCUUGAGGAGUUUGAGGCCGACCUUGGAGUUGGAGGGAAUUUUUAA